AAGAGUCAUCAUUUUGGCUUCCCUUGUAUGGUAACAUGUGCUGCCGAUUAGUCGCCCAGCCAGCUUGCAUGGCUGAAGAUGCAUUCAAAGGAUUUCUUGAUCAGCAGGUAAUGGUGGAAGGCCUAAUUAUGUGGAAAAGGCUGUACUGUGUGCUGAGAAGUGGCCAACUCUUCUGCUAUUAUACCCCAGAAGAAAUUGAAGCUAAAAUAGAACCCACUUUGGUAGUGCCUUUUAACAAGGAAACCAGAAUCCGCACAGUGGAUAAUGACCCCAAGAAAAGAGCGAAUCGUUUCUUCGUGAUCAACCUCAUGGCUGAUAAGGUGGUGACGCAGACAUUUGCUGCUGAUAGUCUGGAAGAACUUUCCAAGUGGAUGGACGUUUUCAGACAGCAUAUUUUUGACCUCAGCCAAUGGAAGCAUUGUUGUGAAGAACUUAUGAAAAUUGAGAUUAUGUCACCACGGAAACCACCUUUGUUCUUGACAAAAGAGGCGACCUCAGUCUACCAUGAUAUGAGCAUUGAUUCCCCAGUGAAACUUGAGGGUUUAACUGAUAUAAUAAAGAAGAAAAUUGAAGAUACUAAUGGGCAGUUCCUCAUUGGUGAAAAACAACCAUCGCCCCCAUGGGGUGCAUUCUUUGAUGGGACUCAUCAAAUAGUCUUUGAGAAAAAUGUUGAGGUGUCUCCAACAAAUGAACAAUUAAGCAAUAAAGAUGGGAAGAGAAAGAAAAGGCGGGCACCUCUUCCUCCUUCGGAUAAGCCACCAUAUCGUACAAAAGGACAGACAGAGGCAGAUCAGUUGGACAAGGAGAACAUCUGGGAAAAGACCAGCUUCGUGUCUCGCACCUCCUCUUUGGGUACAUCAGUGACCAGACCCAUGGCUUCACCUCAUCAACUGCUUCCCAGUGGAGAUAAUAGUUUAAUUGGUGGUGAGAUCUUGGCCUCUUCGGGCAUGAAACCAGAUGUAGAGCGCCAGCUCCAGGACAGAAAUCCGUCAAAGACGUUCUUGACCAAGAUCUUGGUUGUAAUUCCAGAUGUAGCUCUUCCAGAAUACAUGGCUUAGCAAAAGCCACUGUUGGUUGCUGUUAACCACUGAGACUAUUGUUGCCUCAGAGGCUGUGAGAUGUAUUGCUGCUUAAUGACUGAUAACUAUUCAUAUUGCCAUGGAUAGGGAUUUUUUAUACUAUUAAUUAGGGGAGAAAACUGGUUUGUUUUUUAGGAGGGGGGAAUAUAUUUAUUUUCUAUGCCUAAUUGUCUCCAUGUAGUUUCCACAACAGAAUGAAUGAGUCAGACUCUAAACGUAGUCUUGGAGUCUGGAAGAGUUAACUUGCACCCACCUCAACACCAGGGUGUAAAACUUUGCCCCCAGGGAAAAUAAGAGCUGAAAAAUUGAGGGUUGUUGGAGAGAAUCUCUGGUUCUGUUAUUAAAUAUGUGUCAUAUUCAUCCUGUGAAUUUUAAUGGGAAUCAAAGUUUGUUUUAAUUCAUAUUUCAAAAGUUUUAUUCAAACCACAAAUUGCCGAAUCCACCCAAGAAAGUUUCUUUAAUAUUCUGGAAUUCUCAUCUGACAUUUCACUGGCUCCAGUUCAGUAUUAGUCACCAGUUUAUAGACUUGACCUUUUAAAUUCGUGGGAUAAAUUCUGGAAUCAUAUUGAAUUCUUCAUCUUUAAAAGGAAUUUUUAAUACACUGUUUAAAAUUGUUUCCUUGAUGUGCCCUGUAGCUGUGUUUUACCAUUAAUCCCUGAAAGUCAAAUAUACCCAGUUUUGGCCUACAGAAA